UCCCAGCCGUCACAGGGCCAUUUCAACUAGCCCUGCCUGUGUCCCAGGGUCCUUGACUAUCAGGAUGUUGUGGGUACUGCCCAGGAAUAACUGCUGCAAGCCUUGAGGGUGCCAGGGGUGCCACCCCGUCCUACAAGUGGGCAUCCCCUGAAGCCGCGAUGGGCUCAGCUCCUGGACUUGCCACAGACAGAGAGCAUAACACAUACUUGCCAGGGAGAGCCUGAUUCAGGGCCACUCAGAGCCUGGGGGAGAGGAGAUGCAGAGCACCGCCAACUACCUGUGGCACACAGAUGARCUGCUGGGCCAGGGGGCGACUGCCAGUGUGUACAAGGCCCGCAACAAGAAAUCCGGGGAGUUGGUCGCUGUGAAGGUCUUCAACACCGCCAGCUACCUGCGCCCCCGCGAGGUACAGGGGAGGGAGUUCGAGGUCCUGCGGAAGCUGAAUCAUCAGAACAUCGUCAAGCUGUUUGCAGUGGAGGAGACGGGGGGCGGCCGGCAGAAGGUGCUGGUGAUGGAGUACUGCUCUAGCGGGAGUCUGCUGAGCGUGCUGGAGAGCCCAGAGAACACGUUCGGGCUGCCRGAGGACGAGUUCCUGGUGGUUCUGCGCUGUGUGGUGGCCGGCAUGAACCACCUGCGGGAGAACGGCAUCGUGCACCGGGACAUCAAGCCUGGCAACAUCAUGCGCCUCAUUGGGGAGGAGGGACAGAGCAUCUACAAGCUGACAGACUUUGGGGCUGCCCGGGAGCUAGAUGACGAUGAGAAGUUCAUCUCUGUCUACGGGACAGAGGAGUACCUGCACCCUGACAUGUAUGAGCGGGCAGUGCUUCGCAAGCCUCAGCAAAAGGCAUUUGGGGUGACUGUGGAUCUCUGGAGCAUCGGGGUGACCCUGUACCACGCAGCUACCGGCAGCCUUCCUUUCGUCCCUUUUGGUGGGCCCCGGCGCAACAAGGAGAUCAUGUACCGCAUCACCACAGAGAAACCAGUUGGGGCCAUUGCAGGUACCCAGAAGCGUGAGAACGGACCCCUGGAGUGGAGCUACACUCUCCCCAUCACCUGCCAGCUGUCCAUGGGGCUGCAGAGCCAGCUGGUGCCUAUCCUGGCCAACAUCCUAGAAGUGGAGCAGGCCAAAUGCUGGGGCUUCGACCAGUUCUUUGCGGAAACCAGUGACAUCCUGCAGCGAGUUGUCGUCCACGUCUUCUCCCUGUCCCAGGCUGUCCUGCACCGUGUCUACAUCCACGCCCACAACACGAUAGCCAUCUUUCUGGAUGCCGUGUAUGAGCAGACCAAUGUGGCCCCCCACCACCAGGAAUACCUCUUUGAGGGUCACCUCUGUGUUCUUGAGCCCAACCUCUCAGCACAGCACAUCACCCACACAACUGCCAGCAGCCCUCUGACCCUGUUCAGCAUGGCCAGCGAGACUCCAAAGGGGCUAGCCUUCAGGGACCCUGCUCUGGACAUCCCCAAGUUCGUCCCCAAAGUGGACCUACAGGCAGAUUACAACACGGCUAAGGGUGUGCUGGGCGUUGGUUACCAGUCCCUGCGGCUAGCUCGGAUCCUGCUAGACGGGCAGGAGCUAAUGCUUCGGGGGUUGUACUGGGUCGUGGAGGUGCUGCAGGCCACAUGCUGUCGGACUCAGGAGGUCACACGGACAGCCCUCUUCUUCCUCAGCAGCAGCCUGGGCACUGAGAGGUUGAACAGCACAGCGGAAUCACCUAAGGUCCAGGAGCUGAAGGAGGUUGCAGACCUGAGGUCCAGGUUGCAGACUCUGGCUGAGGUUCUCUCCAGAUGUUCCCAGAAUAUCACAGAGACACAGAAAAGCCUCAGGGACCUCAACUCGGCGCUGGUGAAGAACCGGGAUCAGGUACAUGAAGACAGAAGCAUCCAGCAGAUUCAGUGUUGUGUGGACAAGAUGAGCCUCAUCUACAAACAGUUUAAGAAAUCGAGGAUGAGGCCAGGGCUCGGCUACAAUGAGGAGCAGAUUCACAAGCUGGAUAAGGUGAAUUUCAGUCAUUUAGCCAAAAGACUCCUGCAGCUGUUCCAGGAGGAGUGUGUGCCAAAGUACCAAGCAGCCCUGGUCACACAUGGCAAGAGGAUGAGGGAGGUAUAUGAGACCAGGACCCACCUGCGCCGGGUCAGCUGUUCUGUGACCUCCUGCAACACAGAAGCGCAAGGAGUCCAGGAGAACCUAAGCAAGAUCCUAGACCAGCUAUCCUACCAGCUCCUUCAAGACAGAACAAAAGAGGUACAGACCUCACCACCCCCCAUAGCUCCUCACCCCAGUCCUGCGCCAAAGGACCUGGUUCUCCACAUGCAGGAGCUCUGUGAGGAGAUGAGGUUGCUGGCCUUUGACCUGCAGGACAACAAUCGCAUCAUCGAACGAUUAGGUAGACUCCCAUCAGCUCCUGACGUCUGAGCUGUGGGGGGCGUGUGAGGCAUCCGGAGCAUUAGAAUCAUUCACACACUGCUCUUCUGCACUGCGGGACCCAACCCAGGGUGAGAUCUGGUCCCAUCUCAUCAGCCUACCUCCCUCCUGGCCACUGGUCGGGAGAUGUCAUCAGCAUUACCUUCCAAUGCCUGUUCCCCUGGGAAGCUGCACAGCCGACUCUCUGUCACGAUUCACAGGAAAGUGCAGCAGCCACUGCCUGGACCAUCCUUUGUGCUUUCUCCAGGCUCUGGGACUGCUGCUCUGUCACCCAGGCCUGGAGGCCUGAACCUGGCGAGGCUGUGGGGAAAAGAGACUCCCACAGGCCCUCCCACCCCUUCUGCACUCCCCAGGCAUCAGCAGAGGAGGCCUCCUGGGACUUCCCCAGGGUACAGGUCAAACAACCUCACCUCCAUCUUCCUUCCUCUUCCUCUUAAGGUGUUUCACACUGAAUACCCCCCACCUCCUGGGUCCCCUAGAGUCACCAUGUUUGGCCACAGAUAACACAGAGGCCAGUUGUCCCUCUGUUCUUGGUCUGGAUGAGCCUCAGGUUGAGAAAAUGGGUGGUGGACCAAGUGCCUGUGCUUCAGGGACUCUUUGCUUGCCUUCUGGCUCUAAUGCACCACUUGGUCCUGGGCUGCCGCUAGGCAGUGCUGACGG